AUGGUGUUGCUUUGCCUGAUCAAAGAGACAGAAUUUUAUGCCAAGCACCUCAACGGUGACAGUGGAAGAAAGGCAAGCCUAUGGAGCAAUCUUCACACCAAGUUUUGCAUCAAUCCCAAUGUGAUAUGCUUUGCCAGUACUUCUGUGGGACACCAGUUUUCCCUGAAAUACAGGGACCUUAAAUAUGUAAAGGAAAGGUUUCAAACUGUCAAGAAGGAAUUCCGCAAAGUUGUGGCUGAUAUACAAAGAACUGGAUCUGGUGGCCCUCCUCCUCCAGAGAGAUUUCAAUUUUUUGAUGCCAUGAAAGAGAUAACGCUGUUGGACCCUAGUUUCUUCCCACCAAUGAUCAUUAGUUCGUUGAGCAUUUUGGUUGGAGCAAAUGCAGCCCCAGUAAUAUCUGUUCGUCAAGAAGACAGAAUCACAUAUUCCAACACCUAUCUUUCUGGCCCUAAUUUUGUCUCAGAAAUUAUGGAUGCAAUUGAACAUGAUGUUUCCUCUGUGACAGCAGACCUGGAGCUACUGCCAAUUUCAGAAGAUAGUUUUGAGCCUAGCUCUCAGCUGUCUUAUCAGUUCUCGUUUUGA